CAUACGCUCUGUCAGGAGGGUUGUUGUGAGGGUAACAGAGAGAGAAGGGGGAGGAUGAAUACACAGGAUCAGAUGGAUCUGAGGGUUUUGUCAGCCUGUAUGCAGGGCUUGGUGUUUUGAUGUGGGACACACUUGAUUGUCCAGUAGAUCUACUGCAUGAUUCAUCCUUUUUUUGUUUUCCUUAGAAAAAGCAGACGACCCGCAGAGGUCAAUAUAACAAUCGCUUUUAAGCGAAGACCCUUUUCUGGGAGCCUCCUUGAAGACCCAGGUGACAUGGACGGAUUUUAUGACCAGCAAGUACCAUUUAUGGUCCCACCUAAUCAAAAGUCAUUACAAGUGGAGCAACCGUAUAGCCGAGCAGUUAAUGACAGAAAAAGAAAGUUAGUGGAGACUGAACUCGCUCAGGAUACAGAGGAACUUUUCCAGGAUCUCAGCCAGCUGCAAGAAAUCUGGAUCGCAGAAGCUCAGGUGCCCGAUGAUGAACAGUUUGUCCCAGAUUUCCAGUCGGAGAGCUUGAUGUUUCAUGGCCCACCGCCGGCGAAGAUCAAACGCGAACUGAGUCCCUCCAAAGAGCUCUCCCCCUGUAGCCAGGAUAGAAGUCCCAUGCCGUAUGGAGAGAAGUGCCUUUACAGCUACAGUGCCUAUGAAAGGAAGCCCACAGCUGGGUUCAAGCCAUUGACUCCUCCCUCAACGCCCGUCUCACCAUGUGGCCCCACCAACACUCUGGGGACGCGUCCCUUGCAUGAACAGACGACUCCUCCUGUCUCCAACACGACAUUAGGGCAGCGUCUCCUUCAUGGGCAGCCUUCAAUGACUAAGACCACCCCCAGCCAGCAGGCUCUCCCUCACCACAGCCAGAGCCCACCUUUCGCAGUACCCUGUCCACCCCUAAACCGUGACGCUCACUUUAAUAAUGAACCUAGGUUUCAGCGGCAACUUUCAGAGCCUUGCCUUCCGUUCCCACCUUCUGACACCCAAGGAAGACCCAACUUCAUGCCACAGGUCCCCAGCACUUCACCAAGAGAUGGAAGGCCACCAUACCAUCGCCAAAUGUCCGAGCCCCUGGUUCCUGUGCCUCCUCAGGGCUUCAAACAGGAGCUCCUAGACCCUCGCUACACUGAGCAAGGUGUUCCCAACAUGGGCCCAUCCCAGGCUGCCUUCCACCCGAUGGCCAUCAAGCAAGAGCCACGAGACUUCUGCUUUGACUCUGAAGUGCCUAAGUGUCAGUCUUCAUUUGGGAGAGCAGCAAGCUUCUACCAAAACCAUGAGAACUUCUCAUUCGACAGAGAUCAGCAGUUGUAUUUCGAUGACACCUGUGUGGUUCCAGAGAGACUUGAAGGGAAGGUAAAGCAAGAGCCCUCUGUGUAUCGUGACGGGCCGCCUUACCAACGUCGCGGCUCCCUCCAGCUUUGGCAGUUCCUGGUAACGCUUCUGGAUGAUCCUGCCAAUGGUCAUUUCAUUGCCUGGACAGGACGUGGAAUGGAGUUUAAACUAAUUGAGCCAGAAGAGGUGGCCCGACGCUGGGGCAUCCAGAAGAACAGACCGGCCAUGAACUAUGACAAACUCAGUCGCUCACUGCGUUACUAUUAUGAGAAGGGAAUCAUGCAGAAGGUAAAGGUUGCUGGCGAGAGGUACGUGUACAAAUUUGUUUGUGAUCCCGAGGCCCUCUUCUCAAUGGCCUUCCCAGACAACCAGAGGCCCAACCUUAAAGCAGACCCGGACAGCCUGCCCGGAGUGGAUGACGACACGCUUCCGUUGGCGCACUACGACGAGGCGGCUUCGUACUUGGUAGACGGUGGCGAGCAAUGUGUUGCUGGGAUGCCUUUCCCCGACGGUUACGUGUACUGAGCCUGAACUGUUGAUCUGACUGAAACACAUCUGUCCCUAUUGCCUCGACUCCUUUUGAACUGUUGCCCACUUCCAGAUUAACCCUCCCAAUCAUUAAAAAAGAAUGAGGAGAAAUCUGCGAGCCACCUUUUCUCUGGCGUGAGAAAGGUGUCAAGGAGGUGAGGAAAGCUGGUUUCCCACGCUUAAACCUUCCUCGUGGCAAACGGUCACUGCCACAGAGAAGACGAGGUUGAGCUGGAACCGACCGGUGCCGAAAGACUGACAGAUCUCACUGCGAGAAUUGUAGCAAUUCUGUUUUUGACAAUCUGCUUUUUUAAAAAAAGAAAAAUUGGUAAUGAAUUAUUAAGAGACAUCCUCACAGAAAAAUGAACCCUUAAAUGCAGCACUAUUUAAUAGUUGCCUUUUUGAUCCGAGUUAAUUUUGUUUUACCUCCAAACCAUGUAGACAAGAAGUCAAAAGGGCUUUAUUUUACAAGGAGAAAAAAAUGACCCGUUUGUUUCUUCAGACUUAAGACUCUUUAGAAAGCUGGCUUUUAUACAACACUUUUUGUUGAACUAAAUGUGGACAGCUUUAAUUAUGCUGAGGAAUACAGAACAUGUUCUUUUUGUAUUAUUUGGUUUUGUUCUGUGUUGGUUUUAUAUUAACUUUUUGUUUCCAUGCUGGUUAACCCAGGGGUUGUUGAUGUGAAGUUAAACCAGAGGCACUCUUAGUAUAUUUAGACAACUUCACAGGACUGUUAACCCAUUUUAAAUGUAUUUCUGUAUGCCUGUCGCUAUUUAAUUUUCAUUUUCACUUCCCAAAAAGCCAAAUUUUGAAUUACAGUUCAUAAAAUUUUCUCACUUGACAACAUUCAAAAGGGAUGCACUAGUCAGAUUCUCUCCAUGCUUUAGUGUAAGUGAAGGUCAAACAACAUUUAGCCUCUUACAUCAUUUUUUUGGCAUCAUUUUAUAUUUUAAUGCACCAGGAAAGCAGGAGCAUCAGGGCCUUGCAUGCAAUAAGGUACAAGAAAAAUAUUUUCCUGGUCAGCUACUCAUUGCCAAUCUCAAGUUGAUGAAAGACCACUGCUUCCUUUUGCAUGAUGUAUUCAAUGAUCAGCUGUCCACUAACAUAUCGCUUAAUGCUGGACAAAGAAGAAAUUGUGGAGUUCUCUGCAUUUGUAUUCUCUUUUUCUUUUCCCUUUUUUUUUUUUUUUUUUUUUUUUUUUUUGAAAAGAUGAACUUAUAUAUUUUUGCAAAGUCUGCAUUUAUUUGAUUUUAUUGUAUAAGCUGUAUAGUUCUGCCUGUAACAGAUACUCUAUGUAUGUUUUAAAUGGAUCCCUGUGUUGCAGUGACUGCACACCAGUGGUUACCGGACGCCCUUUCCUGGUGGGUUCGAGAGCAGUGCCUUUUAAAUGAGAGGUGCAGCUUUUAAAAUAACCGUUUUCUCAUGGAAUGAGGGGCUUGUCUCAACAUCCACCACAGAAGGGUUGUCUGCACUUGUACAGGCUUAACCUUGUCCCCUCACAAUGUGUACCUUACACUGCUGAGUUUAUAAUCUGUACUGGGUACAAUAAACUGUCCAUUCUGCUUCACUUGCA